AUGCAGCAACACCCAUUAGACAUUCCUGAAAUAAUCGGAAACGUAAGUAGCUUCCUCAACCAAAGGGACCUCGUGACCUGUCUCCGCGUCUCCAGCACUUUCUACAGGGUCUUAAUCGAGCGUGUAUGGAAGAUCGUUCGCCUUAAUCAUAGACAGACGAGGAUCAUUCCGGUAGGCAAAGUGCUUCAGGACCAUAAGAAGUAUAUCAAGGAGCUCUAUUUUGAAGGAUACCACCCUGAUGAAUACAUGUCACUGAGAGGGUGCAGUCGUCUCCAGUUCAUACGGGCCAUUUUACUAAAUAAUCCUUAUCCUUCAGUUCUGGCGAAGUUUAAUCGUUUGAUCGAGGCUCACAGCUCGACAAUACGAGGGAUCCAAUGUUCCUUAUCAUAUUACGGCCCAAACGACCCUUCUGGAUUAGAAUUUUGGAGGACACUCUUAAAGUGCCCUCAUAUUUGCAUGUUGAAUAUCUCAAACAUGGUAGUUAAGGACGACAAGGUCGAUUUAUUUUUCCUGAUUUGUCCGAAGCUUAGAUCAUUGACUAUGAGCGACAUAGAUAUUCUUCAGUUCCCUCACUAUACCGUGAAUGAGAACAGCGGCUUCGUUCUUCCUUACAUACAAUAUCUAUAUAUUGCAGACAUCGAUUACGUUCGUCAUAAUUCAACAGCACAUUGUUGGGGAAUGCUAGUUCGAAAGUGUCCAAACCUACGAUCACUAACUAUCAGUACUAAAAACCAGAACAUUGACGGAGAAGAAGAAGACACUAAUAGUAUUAUCUCAAGGACAGCAUUCUUUCAGUAUCCAUGGAUGUUUCCACAUUUGGAGAUAUUAUAUUUAGAAUGCUCACUUAGCGACGAGGAAGUGGCAGCCAUUCUUAGGCAGAUGGCUCAAGUCAUUGCCCUCAUGCUCCCGCACUCCUGUUUUGGAUGGCUUUCUCUCCAAGAACUACUAGUAGACAGAGGAGGGCGAGUGAAUGGCUCUGCCAAUAGAGGGGGAGUGACGCAGGCAGGCCGACUCUGCGAUACAAUCAGGGAAUUGAUUGCCAGUAAGGAAUGCGUACAAGAAAGUAGCAAGGCAAAUGGUAUUGCUCAAACGAUCUUAUCUAAUUGCCCUCGUUUGAGGACCCUGCAUGCAUUCAGGAUCACGGCGAUGGAAAUUGCGAAUGGCACAAAGUGGGUCUGCUCUGAAAUAACUACACUCGGACUCGAAUUAGUGGUGGAUAUAGAUCAGAGAUCUGAAGAAGAAGCCUUGACGAAACAGCGGGCCGUAUUUGAGCGACUAGGGAAGCUGACUAAGCUGCGUUCUCUCAGCUUAACGGCUCCUGCUACAGAUGGCCCCAAUAAGACGUUGGGCCUAACACUGAAAGCUGGAUUGGAUGAACUAGCAGGCCUGAAGAACCUAAAGAUUUUAUGUUUCAGCCAUGAAUGUUAUCAAGCGAUGGGGCCUGAGGAAGCGAUAUGGAUUGUAGAGCACUGGCCUAGUAUCGAGCAAUUGGUUGGUGAUUUGGAUGAGAACCCACGCACUGCGGAUUCAGUUGCCGAUAUAUUCGAACUACAUGGGGUCCAAUUUAUCAAUUGA